AUGGCUAUCGUGCCGUCUACGAGCAUCCCGCCUCAUCAUCUUCCUCAUCGGCUCAACAUCAUCAUCGGCAACGGCAACAAGCGUCCCACUGCACCCAGCAGCAAAGAAGCUCAGAGUAAGCCUUACUACUCGGAUUACUCCCCCACGCGUCUCCUCAUCCACAACAUGUGUACCUCGCAGUAUCUGGAUCUCUUCAUUACCGUUGUCAUCGGACUCAACGUCAUCACUAUGGCGAUGGAACACUACCAGCAGCCCAAGGAGUUGGACGAGGCGCUGAAGAUCUGCAACUACAUCUUCACCCUCAUCUUCGUCCUGGAGUCCGUCUUCAAGCUGGUGGCCUUCGGCUUACGACGCUUCUUCAAGGACAGGUGGAACCAGCUGGAUCUGGCCAUAGUGUUGCUGUCCAUCAUGGGCAUCACUCUGGAGGAGAUUGAGGUCAACGCAUCCCUGCCCAUCAACCCUACUAUCAUCAGGAUCAUGAGAGUACUGAGGAUAGCAAGAGUGCUGAAGCUACUGAAGAUGGCAGUGGGGAUGAGAGCGUUGCUGGACACGGUCAUGCAGGCCCUGCCUCAGGUGGGGAAUCUGGGUCUUCUCUUCAUGCUGCUCUUCUUUAUCUUUGCAGCACUGGGAGUUGAAUUGUUUGGUGACCUCAUUUGUGAUGAGCUGCACCCGUGUGAGGGUUUGGGACGAUAUGCUACAUUCAAGAACUUUGGCAUGGCCUUCCUACUGCUGUUCAGAGUUUCCACAGGAGACAACUGGAACGGCAUUAUGAAGGACACCCUGAGAGACUGUCAACAGGAGAAUGCAGGCACCUGUUACAACACGGUGGUCUCCCCCAUCUACUUCGUCUCCUUUGUGUUGACAGCCCAGUUUGUCCUGGUCAACGUGGUCAUAGCCGUCCUCAUGAAGCACCUGGAGGAGAGCAACAAAGAGGCCAAGGAGGAGGCAGAGCUGGAGGCUGAACUACAGCUGGAGCUCCAGCAUGGAGGAGGGGGAGGCAGUGGGAGAUCACCCCAGCUAAGCCCUCUGGACUUGGGCAUGGAGGUGGGCGGACCUGGUGUCCCCCCCUGGAGGUCUCCAGAGAGGAUCCAGAGGAGGGCCAGCGUGAUGGUGGAUUCUCCCCAGGCAGAUAUCACCCCAAGAGACAUCAGCUCUGAUCCCCUGCUAGUCCUGGAGCCACCACUAGAGGGCAGGUCACCGACUCCUCAAGCGCUGGGUGUUGGCCCCGGCAUGCGUUGGCGGGCAGAGCCCGCCAGCAGACGGGGUGCUGUUGGUGGCGACGGCGAUGCCAAUGAUUGGCUGUCGAUAUUCACGCCACGUCAAGCCGACUGGUACAUUGAACCAGAGGAGCCUGACUCUGAGAGGUGCUCCCCACCUGUCCAGCGCUGCCGAGUCUUCCUUCCUUCCAGCGCAAUGAGUCUCGCCUGUUCGGGCUACCAGAGCCCAGCCCCUCGUUCAGAAGCUUGUACCCUCGUCUCAGAGCUCAGCCCAGAGCUGCCCCACCUGUCUCAGCAGUUGCCUCUUCAGUCCAGCAGCUGUCUUUCAUCUCGGGAAGAAGCACCUCAUCUGAGGCCGCCUUCUGGCUUCCGGAAGCGUCCGUCCAGUGGGUCGCUGAGAGGCUGCUGCAAGAGAGUUACGGAGGUGACAAUGAGGCGGACCAAGACAAUGGUGAAGUGGUUCUCGCACAGAAGCGCCACCGCGACAGACGCCUCACUAGAGACCUGA